AUGAGCACCUUAAGAAAUUAUCACUUUCAUAGAAGCCACCUCUGGGCCUGGGGCAACUCAGAGACUAUAAAAGCCAGCCUGAAUUCACGCUCUCUCAUCCACUUCUCCUGCCUCCUUCUUGGGAUCCAGGUGCACCUGCAGCCCCAAGCCAUGUCCUGCUACCCCCGGUGCCAGCCCUGCCAGCCCUGUGGGCCCACCCCGCUGGGCAGCAGCUGCAAUGAGCCCUGUGUCAGGCAGUGCCAGGACUCCACCGUGUUCAUCCAGCCCUCGCCCGUGGUGGUGACCCUGCCUGGGCCCAUCCUCAGCUCCUUCCCACAGAACACCGUGGUGGGAUCCUCCAGCUCUGCUGCUGUUGGCAACAUCCUCAGCUCUGAGGGAGUGCCCAUCAAUUCUGGGGGCUUUGACCUCUCCUGCAUCACCAACCGCUACGGUGGCAGCAGAUGCCGUCCCUGCUAA